CAGGGAGGACUUAAAGCGGGGCUGUUAAAACACACGUCUUUGUUAGCUGUUGUUUUUGUGUGUGGGUGUGUGUGUGUGUGUGUUAGCUGUGUGUUCCUAAUAAACUGCUCACCGACUGCCCUUGGGCUCCUAAAGCCGGGUCGGAGUCUGUCAGGUGCGCCCGUUCUGCGCUCGACUGUUUUGUGCUCGGGAAACAAUGUCAGAGUGAGAGCUCUUUAUCUCCGCAGUCUCUCUCCCCCUCUCUCUCUCCUUUUCAUGCGAGCGCGCGUGACGCGUCCUCUUCCGGCCGCCCGGCCACUGUGCCGCGCCCGUCGGCUGUCUGUGGCUGGUGAGCGACGCUAGCCGCCGAGCUCACCCCGCCGCCGAGCUCACCCCGCCGCCGAGCCGCCCGCCCCGAGACCCGCAGCUCCCGUGGCCCCGCGACGACACACGGUCCGAGCCGCGGCUCCUCAGCCAUGUGGUCCACUUGGUCCCGAGCCCCCGUGCGUGGUCAGUGUGAGUGUGGUUCGCGCCAGUAGCCAUUUCCACCAGCUGCUAGCCUUUUCAUUUUAUUAUUAUUAUUAUUAUUAUUGUUGUUAUUGCCCUGUCCGGGACAGACGGCGGCAGCUAGCCCCCCCCCCCCCCUCCUCCUCCUCCUCCUCCAUCAUCCCCCCACCCCCCCUCCUCCAUCCCCCUCGCCACCGCAGCAGGAUGCUGAGGCUGUUCGGCGCGCUGGUCGUCCUCGGACUGGCCCUGGCGCUCGUCACCUCCUGGGUGCUGGACAGCUACGACACGGCGUGGCACCCGAAGCGCAGCGUCCUGCGGCGCCACGGAGCCGGAGCGCGGCGCAGCGCGCCACCGUUCCCCGGCGGCGAGUUGAACAACCUCUUCUGGUUUUUACAGGUGUCUGACAUCCACAUCAGCCGCUUCCGCGACCCGAGGCGCAUUCCAGAUUUCGAGAAGUUCUGCACCGACACCGUCGAAGUGAUCCGGCCAGCUCUGGUGCUCGCGACAGGGGAUCUGACGGACGCCAAAACGGAGAGUAAGGUGGGAUCCCUGCAGCACGAGGUGGAGUGGCAGGCCUACCACAACGUGCUGAAGAGGUCCCGCGUGAUGGAGCGAACUCGCUGGAUAGACAUCCGCGGAAAUCACGAUGCCUUCAACAUCAUGUCACUGGACAGUGUCAACAAUUACUACCGGAAAUACUCGGCUAAUCAGAAAGUAGGCUCGUUCCACUAUGUUCACAAAACUCCCUUUGGCAACUACUCCUUUGUCUGCGCCGAUGCCACUUUGACUCCAGGACCCAAGAGGCCGUACAAUUUCUUUGGGAUUCUCAACCAGACUCAGAUGGACUUGCUGGACACGUUCAGAGCUGAGAGCCUGCAAAGCAACCAGUCGAUCUGGUUUGGCCACUACACCACCUCCACUGUCGUCUCCCCUUCUCCAGGAGUCCGGGACAUGAUGAGAUCUGCUGUCGCCUACCUCUGUGGCCACCUGCACACACUGGGUGGCCUGAUGCCCGUCCUCCACAGCCGACACCCUCAAGGCACCAUGGAGCUGGAGCUGGGCGACUGGAUGGACAACCGCAGGUACAGGGUUCUGGCCUUUGACCACGACCUGCUGAGUUUCUCUGACUUGAGGUUCGAGCAGUGGCCUGCGGUUCUCAUCACCAACCCCAAGGACGCCCAGUACCUGCAUCCGGGAGUGGAGCCGCUGGGUCGGACACGAAGAUCGACACACAUCAGGGUCUUGGCCUUCUCAGAGGCUCCAAUCACAGUGGUCCAUGUGAGCGUCGACGGAGAACCUCUGGGGACAGGCCACUCUGCUGGAGGUCCCCUCUAUGUUCUCCUGUGGGAUCCAUCGCUCUACCUCACUGGUCUGCACACAAUCAGAGUUAAAGUGGAGGACUCGGCAGGCCGGUCGACCGUGCGGGAGCAGCACUUCACUCUGGAGGACGACCUGACUCCCAGCUUUGGUUUCGUGCAGUCCUUCAUCCUCCUCACAGACCACUACAUCCUGGCCCGAGUGGCCUUCGUGUGCAUGACGGUGUUAAAUAUCGGUGUGCUGCUGGCCUUUAGGUUCCUGCGUGUUCCUUCUGGCAGAGGAUUGAUGUCUCAAGCGUGUAUGUCGCUGCAUCUGGUCAGUAAAAUGGACACUUUCUACUACUCUCUGCUGCUGUUCAACCUGUGUACAGCCUUAGGUCCGUGGUUUAUAGGAGAACUGAUAGACGGCCAUAGCGGUGUCUGCUUCGCCUUUGGGGUUUUGGUCGAUGGACACUUCCUGGAGGGCAGUCUCACCUAUGUUGUCGGAGUGGUUCAACUGCUGUUCUUCAACAUGCCCCUCACCUUUUACCUCUGCUGGAGCCUCCACCACCGUUGCUGUGGCAACACCUUCCGAUCCCACUUCCUGCGACCGGGCUGCCGCUGGCGGACUCUGGCGGUUCACCUCCUCAUGCUGCUGUUGCUCACCUGGCAGGUCCACUCCUGCUACUUCCUCCUGGAGACCUACGGCCUCGUGGCCUUCUUCCUGUCUCCUGUCCGCACGUGGGCGCUGGGGCUCGGCCUGCUGCUGGUCUACCGCGCCUGGACGGGCCCCGCCCCCCUCAUUCGUGACAAUGGCAAGAGUGUCUCUCCCUCUUGACAGUAAUUUGCACUGUACCGCCACGAUUUUCCAUCGAACCUGACUCACAGAUAUAUUUUGCUGUCUCUAUCCACCCUGAAAGCCUAAAUUUUCCCCCACACGACAACCACUUCCUUUCUCUCUCUCCCUCCACAGCCACUUCACAGUGCAUCACACACACUAUCCUGUUUCUAGAUAGUAAUGUUUACUUGAUAUGCAUGUUAUUGUAAAGCACGGGUGUGCACAUGUCUGGCCAUAUACAUAGCAAUGUGUACAGUGUUAAAAAAACAACAACAAAAAAACACCUGGGAUACAUUAAGGGUUAAACAGCCUACUUGACGUUUGAAAGGACAAGUCCAACGUAUGCUGCGGUUGACAGUAACUGUACAAGAGCUGUAUUCUGCUGUGGUUUAAAGCUGACUCACUCACUUCUUUUGGAAGUGCUGCCUUGGCCGAAUGCCACUUCACCACUGCCAAAGGAUGAAUAAGAAAGAUUUCACCUUUUAUUCUUCCCCUGAAAAAAACCAAACAUUUUCAUUCACUAAUGAAGGCUGUAUGUGCCAAAACCAAUCAUUGUGUUUACCUCCCGACAAACAAAUCAUGUGGAUGAUAAAUGCUGUGCGCCUCAUUUUAUUUAGAGUAAGCUUGUCCGAUCUUCCCAUGGCUGAUUUAAAAAAAAAAAAUGGUAGUAACUUUGGGGGGGGGGGGGGAUGACAUACAGUAGGUAACGCAACCUAGACGAUCAUAUUGAAAUCAGAGGAAGGAAAAAGAGGUAAUAAGGCUAAUCAGUACUGUAGCCUAUCUGUGUACAAGAAUGAUUCAAUAAUGAAUCCCACUGCACACAACUGCCACUGGAAACUCAUAAAUAUUCACUUUUGGAAUAUUCAUAUCAAAAAACUACAAUGCCACUUCAGCGAAAUGCAGAGAAGCCAGCUCGACUCUCCAUGCUCCUUCAAACGUGACGUCAGAAAGCAGCUGUUUGUUUCUCAGGAAUGUGAGCACUUGAACAAUAGGCUGGCCCCAGUAGUAUUUCAGGACAAUGUUUUUUAUACUCCAUAGUAGCUCAGUGAACUUUAAAAA